AUGUGGUCGCCUUUUCGACCGUCCAUUAUCAACAGCAUUGAAAAUCGAUGCAUGUCUUGCGGUUGUGUGCGCCUAACUGAUUGGCGUUUGGGGAAACGAACACCCUUCGCUGGUGAACCAAUGAGAGCAGAAGGAAGAAUUGGCCAGCGGGCAAUUCAGUCGUUGUGUUGCGCACCAACAGACACAACGCAAAUCUGCACCGUCGUCAUGAACGAACACAGGGAACGCUUUUUAAGAAAAUUUAGGGAGAUGGAUAUCGAUAACAGUGGCGUCCUUUCCAAGUCCGAAGUGAAAGAAUGCCUCGGUGCUGCCGGCUUCGAUAAGAAAUUCAUCAAGAAAUUCAUGAAAAGAUUUGAUGCUGAUGGUGAUGGCAACAUUACUGAGGACGAAUAUCUUCGUGUUGUUUGUGAUCUGCCAGAAGAAGAACUCAACACUUCUGCCCACAGAAUACCAUUUUGGCGAAGCGUUUUCGACGAUGUGGAUAGGGACAAGUCUGGAAGGAUCUCGUGCGUAGAACUGCACAACCUUCUAAGAGAUAUGGGCUUCCCGGUAAAAGUGUCCGAACUUGAGGAGUGGAUUCGGAGCCAUGAUAAGGAUAAGGAUGGCGAAAUGGACUUCCAUGAAUUUGUUGCUUUCAUGUCUGAUACAAAGCAUUGA